GAGAAACUUCAGAAUAACCGCGAAAAUGGUCCUCUCACAGCCUGAAAACAAACACGUUCUGAAAGCCUUUGAUCUAACAGGCAAAGUCGCUGCCGUCACAGGAGGCGCCCGCGGAAUCGGUCUCGAAGUCUCAAAUGCUCUCGCUGAAGCAGGAGCAAAUGUCGCACUAAUCUACAACUCCUCCACCUCCGCAGCCUCGAUAGCCAACGACAUCGCAACCAAGAACAACGUCCGAGCAGCCGCAUACCAAGCGAACGUCGCCGACCAGGAGUCCAUCGAGCGUGUCAUCCAGCAAAUCGCGGCGGACUUCGGAAAGCUCGACAUCAUCGUGGUGAACUCAGGUAUCACGUCCAACAUCGCCGCGGAAGACUACACAGCAGAGCAAUGGCACGAGAUCAUGAAGGUGAAUCUCGACGGUGCGUUCUACUCUGCGCAAGCGGCGGCCCGGAUCUUCAAGACCCAGGGAUCCGGGAAUGUCAUUUUCACGGCGUCGGUUAGCGCGACGUUGGUGAAUGUGCCGCAGAAACAGGCUGCGUAUAAUGCAUCGAAAGCCGGUGUGGUUCGAUUGGCGAAGUGUCUAUCUGUUGAAUGGGUGGAUUUCUGCCGAGUCAAUUGCAUCUCGCCCGGUUAUAUCGCGACGGAGAUCCUGGAUAUUCAUAAGCAGGAGUGGAAAGAUAAAUGGUUUGAUAUGAUUCCCGCGAAGCGCAUGGCGGCUGCGUAUGAGUUGAAAGGGGCAUAUGUAUUCUGCGCCUCGGAUGCGUCGAGCUACAUGACUGGGGCGGAUAUCAUCAUUGAUGGGGGAUACACACUUCCUUGA